AAAGAUAAGAUUCAAGAAUCUAGUUCUUCUGGUAUACUUCAGAAAUUUAAGAAAGCUAGAUCCUGUGAAUAUCCUGAUGUUAAUGAAGCCAUGAUUAAGUGGAUCACCGUUGCAAGGCAUAAGAACAUUCCACUUUCCGGACCGUUAAUCAGAGAAAAAGCUGUGGAGUUUGCAGAAUCAUUGGGAUAUUCCGAUUUUGUAGCUAGCGCUGGUUGGCUUGAUAAAUUUAAACGAAGACAUAACAUUGUUGGAAAAGUUGUUUGUGGUGAAAGCGGAUCCAUUGAUAUCCAAACUCGGGAUGAUUGGAUACAAAAUAUUUUACCUUCCCUUAUUCAAGAAUACGAUAAGAAUGACAUAUUUAACGCUGAUGAAACAGGAUUGUUUUUUAAAUGUUUGCCAUCCCGAACACUAGCCUUUCGAAAUGAAAAAUGUGUUGGUGGCAAAAAAAGCAAGGAAAGAAUAACUGUCAUGGUAGGUUCAAACUGGAGUGGAACAGAAAAACUUAGACUCCUUGUCAUAGGAAAAUCCAAAAAUCCUCGUUGUUUUAAAGGAUUACAAUAUCUAGAAGUGGAUUACGAGAAUAACUCAAAAUCUUGGAUGACUAGUGAAUUAUAUGAGAAGUGGCUUCUAAAGUUGGACAAAAAAUUUGCGGCUCAAAAAAGGAAGAUUUUACUUUUUAUUGACAAUUGUCCAGCACAUUCUAUCAAAUCAGUAUGGGCUUAA